AUGGAGGAGGUCGCCGGGCUCCAGGACUGGGAGUUCCUCAGUUCCGGCGAUGGCGAACCCGGGCCAGACUCAGAGGACGCUCCCCAAGGAAGUGAAAGCGGAUCAGGCGGCGUGAUCAAGCCUGACUACUUUGUCGUAGAGACGGAGAUUUGGGGCCCUCUCCGGCCAUCCUCCUCCAACGGCGAAACCUUGGAGAACAGCCUUCCAGACGCAGGUAAUCCGAACUGGGUCGAAUCCAGUUCCGACCCCGCUUUUAUGGACGAGCCGCCUAGUCAGGGGGUUGACAUCCAGCGCCAGGAUCCUGGCGAGCUCUGCGCAUCGAAUGGAUCCUCGGUUGGACAGGAGACGCCGGUUCUACAGAGUCUGUUCGAAGGGCCUGCGGAUGGCACUCUGAAUCCUGAAUCCGCUCCGGUUCUGGAAGAGGGAGAGGGCGAGGGGGGAGGAAUUCAUUCCGAGGAAACCGGGGAGGAGCCAUGUGAUAGUCCGAAGGCCACAGUUGCGGCGCCUCCGCCGCCCACGAUGGAAAGGGCCUCUGGGAUGAGCUGUGCGGAGAGGCUCCCUGUUGCCAGAGAGGAGAAGGCGGGAUUUGUGUGGUGGAAGUUACCCAUGGAGUUCCUGAAGCUCCUCGCUUUCAAGAUUAGGCCCACUUGGUCAAUCUCCAUGGUCGCGGCACUGAUGGGGGCCUUCAUGCUGGGCAGGAGGCUGUACAGGAAGAAGCCCAAAAGCCGGCGCAUUCCUCUCAAAGUCAGCGUUGGCGAUAAGGUGAGUGUCUUAGUUGGCCCGUUUUAUUGGAGCGGAGAACGUAUUCCAGAGGGAAGCAAGAUGACUGAAGCAAGAGUCUUUUAUACCCGGAAAAAAAUAAUCUUUUUUGGAUAUAUAUUUCUCAUCGUAGUUCAUUUUCACUCCCGGAACAUGAUCAUAUCAUGCCGGAAAGUUUCGUCCCUUUUCUCGAUCGUGGUCUAAAAACUCGAGCAAGACGAGCUUUACAUGCCGGACUGUUCAUCCGAUUUCUCCUGCAAUUUGCCAACUUCCAACCCGAUCUGACUGCAAACCGACAGAGAAGUUGGUGAUUCCCUGUUCGAGAGGUGAUUUGGAUAGGCCCAGGCUUACCUUCUGCGGCUUCAUUUUUCUUAAUGUUUUCCAUAUCAGCAUCCAGUUUUGGGGUUGGGCACAGCUUUCUUCUGCAUCGUCUCCUCCUCAGCCUCCUUCUGUGGCUAACCAGAGCAAGAAGAAGUUCUCGGUCAGGAUCAAUGCACGAAUACGCUUGAUCGACGGUCUCGAUCUUGAACUGGAUGAGAAUCUGACCAAUGCAGGCCAUUUGAUGUGGGCUUCUUGUCCCAUCAAAUUUGUGGAAACUAGCGUAGGAAAAUAACAUUAUUGUUUUGCCGUAUUUAUGGAAAAUCAUAGUCCACUGUGUUGCCCCUAUUUCCCUUCCCCGUCUGAACCCAUUUCCUCUCCUGAUCCAAUAAUCUGAGUCGAGCCAGCAUUGUUUCUCGGUUUUCGCCAUCAAAAUCUGGACUUUCUCGGACCCAGCGGAGUCAGCCCCCACUUCUCCGAGCCCCACCGGUCUCAAGAAUUGAACCCAUCUUCUUACUUUACAGCACCACUUUUGCUACCCGGGUGUCCUCUAAUGACCAACAUUAGAUGAAAUACACCAAAAAUACGUCAUUCCCACGUCAAAAUCAGCUGCAUGGGUUCAACCUUUCCAAUUUAGCGCCGUCUGAUGGCGAAUAUUGGAUGUAAUUAGUCAAAAAAGGGUUGUUCCGACCUCGAUCUUGGGUUUAAUUUCCCUCUUCGGCUAUCGACGGGUGUGGCUUGAAAUUCGCAGGUUUCUCCCUUCACGGUGCCCGUCGCUCGGCUCAACGAAGCAUUCUCGGUGGUGAAGCGGGUCCCUGUCAUCCGAGCGUCGCUGCCUGCGGCGGGGGUGGCUCCAUGGCCGGCGCUUGCUCUGAGGUGA